UCGAAGUAUUGAAUACACAUACAUUUUUAAGAAAUGACCUAAACUGAAGUGCUAUUUCUUGUCUCAGUCUUAUUUGACUAAAAGUGUUUUCUAACGCAUCUUGUGAAAAUCUUAACAUACACAAUAAUGUAUCACCUCUAAGGCUUAAAAAGUAUUCCUGAAGAUCUAAAAUAGUUUUUGCUGACAAAAGUUAAACCUGUUCCUGUUUGUACUGGUUUGCAGUAGCCCCCGUUCCCAGAAUUGAUAUUUUUAAAUAAAACAAUAAUUUCUUUCAAAAAUUUUAAAGUGUUUUUGUAUUCACGUAAAUUAGAUUUGCUAAUAGCCGAAAUGUCACAUCGGGACGACAUGAUACGGGACCAUUUACUUAAAACCCAGUAAACACGAAACAUUUAUGAAACAUUACGAAACAUCCCAAACGCGUAUAAUUUGAAACGUUCCACUGUAACAUUUCAUAAACAAACGUGCAACCUAAAUAGAAACGUUUCAGGCACAUUUUUGCUGAAACGUUUCUCAAACGUUCCUCUUGAGACGCAUUUAAAACAUUCUUCAGAGCGCUUGCGCACUGCAAUUUUGACAGAGGAGUAUUUUGUUAUUGCGCAUCGUGCUAGAACGACGGAUUCCCGCGAAACGUUCGUGUUUUGUGAAAAAAUAAGUACCAUAAAGGUUCUUGAAUCGGUAUUAGUUUAUCGUAUUAACGUAUAAUAACCUACUGUAUAUUAAAGUUGUAGCGUCAACAUAUAUGUCGGAACAACAUGUCGCAAGAGAAAAAAGAAUUACUUGAAGAAAGGCAUGUAAGUAGCUUAUUCUCUAAUCGAACAAAUAAACUUGUGGUCAGUAAACGGCAUCUCCGAAGAUUAGUACGUAACAAUAUUUGCAAGUCAUACACCCACGGAUCCACAAAGAGUACAAGUACUGAUUUAAAAUUAAGUAGCCAAAUUUGCAGUGUAAAACACCAAAAUAAAUUCAACGUGCAAUUGUGUAAUCAUCUUGAUCCCGCAAAAAAUAUUCCAUCGGCAAAUUGUUACAGUAUUGCUGUUGCCUCAUCCGUUGAUGACACGUAUUGUGAACGUCGGCGAUUUUCGCCGCCGCAGAAAUCAACACAAGAAAUAAAUAGCUUCACAUCUGACUUUACUCUUAAUAAUGAAUUGCCAUUUCUUGACACUCAUGAAAAUCCAGCUCAUGAACGCCCGAAUAAUACUUUCGUGAAUGAUAUUCGUAAUUGGAUACUUCAAUACCGAACAUUGCUCUCUCAACAAGCUAUUAAUGAUUUGCUGCAAAUUUUAAGACAAGGUGGUUACAAUUUACCCAAAAACGCUAGAACUCUAUUGCAAACGCCCAGACCAUGUAAUAUUAUUGAUGUACUUGAAGGACAUUAUUAUCACUUCGGGGUUGCGCGUGGAAUUUUAAAUAAUUUAACUGAUGUCCAGACAGUAAAAGAGAACGAUAUUUUAAAACUCAGUUUAAACAUAGAUGGGUUGCCACUGACUAAAAGCUCUACUAGUCAAUUUUGGCCCAUAUUAUUAUCAAUAGAGUCAAGAUUAUCGCCUCCAUUUAUUUGUGGAAUAUAUCACGGUAUGAAAAAACCAAGCGAUGUUAGUCAGUUCUUAAAUGAAUUUGUCCAAGAAUUCAAAUUUUUAGAGCUAAAUGGUUUAGAGGUUGGCAAAACAAAAAUUUUUCCUAGGAUUUCUAAGAUUAUCUGCGAUGCUCCUGCCAAGGCAUUCAUUUUAGGUGUCAAGGGUCACACAGGCUACCAUGGUUGUACGAAAUGUAUUGAUCAAGGCGAGUACAUAAAUGGCAGAGUAACUUUUCAGAGUUUGGUUUCUCCGUUGCGCACAGAUGAUUCCUUCAAAAACAAAGAAGAUGAUGAUUUUCAUUUGUAUAAUAGUCCACUUGAAAAUUUAAACGUAGGGCUUGUUAGUAACGUAUGUUUGGACUACAUGCAUCUUGUGUGCUUAGGUGUGAUGAAACGGCUAGUACUUUUUUGGGUGAAAGGUAAAAAAGAUGUUAGAAUUCCUGACUCGAAAAUGGCCAUUUUAUCUAAAAACAUCUUGAAGCUUAAAAAAGUUAUACCUAUAGAAUUUGCAAGAACUCCUAGAAGUCUUCUCGAAGUCGAUCGUUUUAAAGCAACAGAAUUUAGACAACUGUUGCUGUAUACAGGACCAAUAAUAUUAAAGGAUGUUUUACCCCGAGACAAAUUUUUACAUUUCAUGUCGUUACACACGGCUAUUCGUUUUCUGUGUUCACCUGAAUUGUAUCUUAAAUAUAACAACUCAGCUUGUGAUUUAUUACGUUAUUUUGUAAAAAAUUUUGGUGCAUUAUAUGGGAAGGAAUUUGUUUCUUAUAAUGUACACAAUUUAAUACAUUUGCCAAAUGACUGCUUGCUUCAUGGUAAUUUGGAUGAAUUUAGCGCUUUCAAAUGUGAGAAUUAUUUAUACAAUAUUAAAAAAAUGGUCAAAACUUCACGUCGACCAUUACAACAAAUUGUUUGCAGGCUGACCGAAAGACUACAAUUAAAUGAGAAGACUGGUGUCAGUUAUCCCCAACUAGAAUAUGAAGUAGAAAAUCAACUGAAUGAAAAUAUUACAUGCUUUAAGAAAUUAAAAUUGAAAAAUUUUCAAAUUAUAAUAAAUGACAAAGAUAACUUUGUCCUUUUAAGUGAUAACAGUAUAUUUUGUGUCAAGUAUAUUGCUAAAAAUUUCAACAAUAACAUUUUUCUUUAUGGCAAAAAAUGAUAUCCGCUAUCAUCAUUGUACACUGAACCUUGCAAUUCUCAAGAAUUUUUUAAUAUAGUAACAACACAAAACCAUUUAUCUCAAGAUUUGUGUAAGAUACAGUGUGACGAUAUUAAACAAAAAUGCCUGAAGUAUAUCAUCAAUGAAGAAACGUUGGUUUUUAUACCACUAUUGCAUAACGAGUAACAAUAAAUCACGUUCAUCAGGUUCGUACUUGUUAAUCUAAUUAUCUUUUAAUUAUAAAUUUAUUUUGUAUAAGACGAAACUGGUGUGUAUGCAGUAAAAAAUUAUGAACUAAAAUUUGUACUGGUGUCACGAAAAACUAGGGCAGCUAUUUAUAACAUACUGUUGUAAUAUUUUAGAAAAUUUUAAGCAGCAUCACUAAGGUUGUAAAGUCUUUGUGAUUUUACGGUUAACCAUAUAUGCUUUUGCUGUUAUUUAUUAAGUAUUUGUAAAAAGUAUAUUGGCCGAAGUUUAUUUAAGGCAUAAAUAAAAUUAAUUACAUUUUUAAUACCAGCUAAAAUUUCAUAAUGCUGAUGAAAGAAAUAGUUUUUACGCUAACAAUUCCUACUUACAGUAGUCUUAUCAUUAUAAUUAUCGUUUUAGUCUUCGUUUCUUUUUAUUUGAUUUGCUACUUAGAUCAGCCCAGAAGUAAAACUACGAUUGUGGGAUAUUUACUUACAACUAAUAAUAUUUAAACAUCAUUCGUACAGCAAUUGGUGUUUCAUCAGAAAUGGAAAUAAUCAUUAUAGCACUAAAAUAGUGCUUGUUCUCUCUCGUUAAUUUGUCGUUCCAGUGGACUGUUGUUGAAUUCACCAAGGACGACGAUUAUCGGGAAAUAUCCUGCAUUCCCAACAAUUGGGUCUUCAGCAAAAACGACGAAGUAUUUU